UUAUAACACAGUUCAUGGGAAUAUUCUUUGACACGUUAAAAUAUGGAACAUUAUUUAUCAUGAACCACAAGCAAGAAUAGUUGAAAAAAGUGAUGAUUUAAUUUGGAGCGGUGGGAAUGGCACAAAGAGGAAAGUGGUUUUUGAUUUCACUCUAUUGGUUUUUCUUGAUUCAGAUUUGCAUCUCAGAAGCACAGAAGCUGAGGUUUGGAAAAAAUGGAGAGUUCAAGAUUUUGCAGGUUGCAGAUAUGCACUAUGCUGAUGGAAAAUCCACCCACUGCUUGGAUGUCCUCCAUUCUCAGUAUGCUUCUUGCUCUGACCUCAACACCACUGCUUUCAUUCAAAGGAUGAUUCUUGCUGAGAAACCCAACCUUAUUGUCUUCACUGGUGAUAACAUAUAUGGAUCUGAUGCCUCGGAUCCUGCUAAAUCAAUGGAUGCGGCUGUUGCACCUGCAAUCGCUUCAAACAUUCCUUGGGUAGCUAUUUUGGGCAACCAUGACCAGGAAGGGUCGCUCUCUAGGGAAGGGGUGAUGAAACAUAUUGUUGGGAUGAAAAACACUUUAUCUAAAGUCAAUCCUCCUGAAGUGCACUUAAUUGAUGGUUUUGGGAACUAUAACUUGGAGGUUGGAGGAGUUGAAGGCACUGGUUUUGAAAAUAAAUCAGUGCUUAAUCUGUACUUUCUCGACAGUGGAGAUUACUCCAAGGUUCCGUUCAUUCAUGGAUACGGUUGGAUCAAACCCUCUCAGCAACUUUGGUACCAACGAACAUUUGAAAAGCUUCGGAAAGCUUACAAGAAUGAACCAGUGCCUCAAAAAGAAGCUGCACCUGGUCUUGCAUACUUUCACAUCCCAUUGCCUGAAUAUGCUAGUUUUGACUCAUCAAACUUUACAGGUGUGAAACAAGAAAAGAUUAGUUCACCUUCUGUCAAUUCUGGCUUUUUCACAAGGUUGGUUGAGGCCGGAGAUGUGAAGGCUGUUUUCGCUGGCCAUGAUCAUGUCAAUGAUUUCUGUGGCAAGAUGACAGGAAUACAUCUUUGUUAUGCCGGGGGAUUCGGAUAUCAUGCUUAUGGAAAAGCUGGAUGGUCAAGGAGGGCAAGAGUGGUGGAAAUUAGCUUGGAGAAGACGGAAAAUGGCGAUUGGGAAGAUGUCAAGUCAAUUAGAACAUGGAAACGCCUUGAUGAUCAAUAUCUUACUAAAAUUGAUGGCCAGGUCUUGUGGAGCAAGAGUUUUGAUGGCAACCGCAGAAAAAAACAAGACGGUGGCUCUUGAAAAUUUCCUGCAAUGAGACAAGUAUUAGUAUCAUAGAGGUUUUGGAUCAUCUCAUAAGCUCUUAAAACAUACCUACAGGGCCACACCCUAUAAAUUAGAUGUUUCAAUACAAGGUAGCUUGGCAAAGAACUAAUAGAAAAGAUGGAUGUUCAUUUACACAGUGUAAUUGCAACUGUCCCUACAUACUUGGAGAAUAAUAAUCCUUUAUUCUGUUUUUACCUAUGGCAUCAGCUUGAAGAAAGGUUUCUUUUAGAAGUUUGUUGAUGGUAUGAGACAUGAAUUGAGUGUAUAUUUCCAAUAUUUGUCUACAUGAUAGCUAGUGAUAAUAGGUUUGCAACCAUAAAUUUCUGUAUGCAAUUCAACAUUUAUUGCCAAGAUUGACACCAAUGUUUGAUUA